AUGCCCUCCGAUCCCAUUUCGUACACAUUAGUUGCCCCCAAUGCGGGAUACCGGCUUGAUAUGUCGACGCAGGAACUGCGCUCGAACUUACAGAGUCAGAAUGACGAAGUCAAGCUCGAGACGCUCCGUGCCAUUAUCGUUUCCACGCUGAAUGGCGAACCGCACGCGUCGCUGCUCAUGCCGAUCAUUCAAUACGUUCUUCCUAGCAAAGACAAGAACAUAAAAAAGAUGCUACAGUUUUACUGGGAAGUGUGCCCCAAGUUUGAUGCAGAAGGCAAACUAAAACAAGAGAUGAUUCUUGUUUGCAAUGCCAUCCGCAACGAUCUGCAGCACCCAAACGAAUACAUCCGCGGAUCUACACUCCGCUUUCUCCAGAAGAUCAAGGAGCCAGAAAUCCUGGAGCCGCUUGUGCCAUCCGUGCGCCAAUGUCUUGACCACCGGCACAGCUACGUACGUAAGAAUGCUGUGAUGGCCAUAUGGUGCAUUUACCACGCUCACGAAUACCUUAUUAGCGAUGCGCCUGAGCUCAUCGAGUCCUUCCUGGUCGCAGAAUCUGAUGCUACAUGCAAGCGCAAUGCCUUGAUGAUGCUCGUACACACCGACAUGCCCCGUGCCGUUGAAUACGUGAUGAAUAACAUAACUCAAGUGCCGGUCAUGGAUGAGCUCAUGCAAAUGGCUGUCAUCGAGCUCAUACGUAUGGAUGCCAAGCGCGAUAGUGAGCACAUGUCGGAUUACAUCCAGAUCCUGUCGGAAUUACUGACAACGUCGAGUCAUGCUGUGAAGUACGAGGCAGCCGUCACCCUGGCUGGUCUAGCUGAUAAUGUCCUUGCUGUCAAAGCCAUCGCGAGUGCUUUGAUUGAGCUGACGGUGCAAGAGAGCGACAACAAUGUCAAGCUCAUCGUACUUGACCGCCUGAAUGCACUGCGUCUGCGCCACGAACAUGUCCUAGACCCCCUCGUCAUUGAUUUGCUUCGCGUUCUCUCCAGUUCUGACAUGGAUGUACGCAAAAAGGUGCUAGACAUGGCGCUCGACAUGAUCUCCGUGCGCACGGUCGAAGAGGUGGUGCUUGUGCUGCGCAAGGAGCUCACGAAAAUGUCACAGACGCAGGAAUCGUCUAACUUGUCGUAUCGCCAUUUGCUUAUCAAGUCUUUACAUUCGUGUGCGGUGCGCUUCUCUGAAGUGGCUGGUGAUGUGAUGCUCGAGCUCAUGAAUUUCCUAAGCGAUUCGGUGAGCACAAGCGCUGUGGAUGUGAUUGCGUUUGUUCGAGAAGUCGUUGAACGAUUCCCAGACAUGCGCAACGAUAUUCUCGUCAAGCUGAUCCAGUCAUUCCCUGACUUCAGGAACGGCAAGGUGUACCGUGGCGCGAUGUGGAUCGUUGGUGACUACGCUACGACCAUCGCAAAUGUGAACGAUGCCAUGCAGCAAAUCCGCAAAGUGAUUGGUGAAAUUCCCAUCCUCGCAUCGGAAGAACAGUACAUGGAACAGCCAGAAUCCUCGCAGUCCGACGACUCUGCCCCAACAAUGAAGCAUUCGACCGCCACGCGUGUUCGUGCAGACGGCACAUAUGCCACAGAGUCGGCUUUUACUGCGGACACCACGAGCGACAAGCCCCAAGCGUCCCGAUCGAAGCCACCGCUGCGAAGUCUCAUUCUAUUCGGUGACUUUUACACGGCCUCUGUGCUAGCUGUCACGCUUGUCAAACUGGUGCUCCGUUUCAUGUCAUUGUCUUCUGAUGAAGGUGCCAAGAAUAUGCUUCGCGCCGAAGCCAUGCUCAUUAUGACAUCGAUUCUACGCGUGGGACAGUCUAAAUAUGUCGCUACACAAAUCGACGAGGAUUCGAAGGAGCGCAUCAUGACAUGUCUCCAAAUUCUGGGUCGUGCGACAUGGAGUGAACAGGACGCACACGAAUUCGCCCGGGUGUUCCUAGAUGAAUCACGAGAAGCCUACGCCAUGAUGCUGCAGCAUGAACACCAGCGGGCAUCUAAGAUCACAGAGAUUAAGCAGCAUGCCCCUAUUCAGCAGCCUCAUGAGCAGCUUUCUUUCCGUCAGCUUGGCGGCACGGGCUCGUUCGAGGACGAGGUGGACUAUGAAGCAGAGCUCAACCGUGCGACAGGCAUGAGUGCCGUGUCCAAGGACGACUUUAUCAGCAAACUGCAGCGUGUUGUUCAGCUCACGGGUCUCUCAGAUCCCGUGUAUGCCGAGGCCUAUGUCGACGUGCACCAAUUUGAUAUCAUGCUUGACGUUCUUGUCGUCAACCAGACUGAUGAGACGUUCCAGAACUUGAGCAUUGAACUCGCGACACUUGGUGACCUUAAGCUGGUGGAGCGUCCGUCUCCGUGCACCAUCGCUCCAUACAGCUUUCAGAGCAUCAAGGCCACCAUCAAGGUAUCUUCUACUGAGACGGGUGUCAUCUUUGGUAACAUUGUUUACGAGCGUGCGAGCGUUGGCUCCAAGCAUUCGCUUGACAGCUCUUAUGUCGUCCUCAAUGAUAUCCACAUCGACAUUAUGGACUAUAUCUCACCUUCGUACGUCUCUGAGACGCAGUUCCGCAGUAUGUGGACCGGCUUUGAAUGGGAAAACAAGGUCAAUGUGAAGACGGAUAUUUCCGAUGUGCGCGAGUACCUGAAUCACAUCCUAAAGGCUACCAAUAUGGCUUGUCUCACACCUGAGGCUAGUCUCGCUGGCGAUUGCGGCUUCCUCAGCGCCAAUCUUUCCGCUGCUAGUCUAUUUGGUGAGGAUGCACUAGCCAAUGUCAGUAUCGAGCGCCUGGAUAAUGGCUCCAUUCAGGGACAUGUCCGCAUUCGCUCCAAGACACAAGGUAUCGCACUUAGUCUGGGCGAUAAGCUUUCUAUGGCGCAAAAGUCGUCCGCGUAG